CAGGGAUUUAGGAAUGUGGAGACCAGCAGCUACGUCACCCGCAAAUCGCCUGGGGUGUCGUCGUUAAGAAAAGCAAAAAAAAAAAACUUUUUAAAAGGCUAUGAAUUAACAACGCAACAACUGCCGGACGCUUCGUCUCUGUCUCCAUGGUAACGCUGCGUUGUCGCUGCUUUGAGCUGCUGCUGCUGCUGCGAAGGGAGGCGGAACCGGAGAGGGACGACGGCUCCUCGGUCUCUUUCUCCCGAGUGAAGGCAGGGAUCGGUGGAGGAUGGUAAGGAGCUCUCGGCCGCGCCAGGACACCGUCAUAGCCGUUUCAGGACGGAGUCUACUACCCCUACACCAGUGACGCCCAGGGGACCCACUCGUCAGCGGGGAUCCCGUCCCUCCUGAACUCCCCGCUCAGCCAUCAGACGGCGAACGGCCACGGCAUGACCCCGUCCAGCGGCGCGUCCGCCUUCCUCCCCUUCAAGUUCCGCCCGCGGAGGGAGAGCGUGGACUGGCGGCGGAUCAACGCGGUGGACGUGGACCUGGUGGUGAGCCAGCUGGACGUGGACGCCCUCCAGGAGCACAUCAGCGCGGUGACGUUCUGCAGCCUGGACGGCGAGCGGUGCCAGCGGUGCCAGAGCCCCGUGGACCCGGCGCUGGUGAAGCUCCUGCGGCUCGCUCAGCUCUCGGUGGAGUGGCUCCUCCACUGCCAGGAGUUUCUCGCCUACAACCUGCGCGCGGCCGAGGAGAGGCUGGCGGCGGCCGGCAGGGACCGGGAGCAGCUGCUGGACCAGCAGAAGAAGCUGGAGGAGAAGGCGAAGGCGCUGACCGCCGAGCUCAAGCAGCGGAAGAAGGUUAUCCGCAGCCAGCAGUCGCUGCUCGCGCCGCAAAUAAUCAGCAGCCAGAAGUGUCUACAUUGCGAGAAAUCCUUCCUCAAUUCCUCCUUUCUCCAAAACCACAUGCAGCGCCGGCACCCGGAUGAGUACGAGAACCAGCUGCGGUCAGACAGUCAGAAGAAAUCUCAAAUCGACAGCCUCAAACAGGAAAUCAGCAGCUUGAAGGAGCAGAUUGUUCAGCAGCAACAGACCCUGCAAGUUAAAGUGGCUCAGGAAAAAGAGCAGCAGUCCAUGCAGAGAGACCUGUUAAGAGAACUGGAUCGAUUUAAGGCUGAAGAGAUGGCUCGCAUGGACAGGAAGAUAGAAGACAGCAGGGACGGCAUGCGCAGGGAGAUGGAGUUUCUUUACAACCGGAAUAUUCAGGCUCUUAACGAGGUAAAUCAGAAUCAGAUGGCCAAGUCUGAGAAAUCGGUCAGCCCUGCACACUCACAGGCAGAGAGAGAUCUGGACAUCUACAAGGAGAUUCAGACACAAGCCAUCCAAAAGCUGGAGCACCAAAUGAAGAAGCAGGAUAGAAAGUGGGAAAACCGACUGCAGGAAAUUCAGGCUCAGCACGAAUCUGAGAAGAAUCAGCUGCUGAACGAGCUGAGCAGGAUGCAGCUGUCGGUGUCGGAGCACGAGGAACGAGGCCAGAGGCUGCAGCAGGAGAUGAGCAGGAGGCUGCAGGAGAAGGAGCAAACCAUCAAGGCUCAGAGGGAGCAGAUAAGGACUAUUUCCUCAAAUCCACCCACAAAAGUGGUGGAAGUACCAGUCAUCGUCAGCGCGCCAGCCCCAGAGCCUAAACAGAAAAGAGUUGUACUCGAGGAGCCAGUCUCUGCUCUUAAGCUGGAUCCUAUACAGGAGCUGUCAGAGGAGGAGAAAGACUCUCACAGCAGCGUGUCUGAGAGGAGGCCGGUGGAGAAGAAGCCUGAGCCUACGCCGGAGAGGAAGCAGAGGGCGACGGCCAACGCUCUGAAACGCAACCCCAACAUCAAGAAGGAUAUGCGACCGGAGCUGGAGCAGGCUGUGAUCAAGAAGCUGGAGAACCUGGGGAUCAAGCCCGAUCAGAGCGGCCUGAAGAGCAGAGAGUUCACUUCCGUGCUGGCCAAGGUGAACUCAAAGCGGGAGAGCACGGCGAAGGCGAUGCCGGACUUCUGGCGCCAGCGGGAGGAGAUAUCCAGCGUCGUGGAGCGGAAGCUGGGCAGCCAGAGGAGAGGCAGCGACCCCGCUCCUGAGUCACAGGCCAGAUCCAGACGGCCCGUUCAAGUGUUGCAGAUACGCCCUCGGUCCAGCAGCCUGCCCUCCAGAGGCAGCCAGGGGGCGUCUGCACCCGCCGUCAAACAGCCCAAGACCCCUCAGCCGGCGCCGAGGACCAAACCCAGCACCCAACCCAAGACGUCGACGCCCAACGCCAAGGCUGCUCCGAGGAUCGUCACAAGCAAGACGCCUCCCUUCAGCUCGGACGAGGAGUCCGAAGAAGAGGACACGGACACGGAGGAUGAUCCACCCCUGAAACACCAGAGGGGAAAAUUACCGCAGUCCAGACUUAACCAGGCGGCUCCGGUUCAGAUCAGAGCAGGGAAAAGCAGCCCAGGCCUGGUCAGACAGGCCGUCGUCAGGCAGUCGUCGGCCUCCAGUCUCCGGACGUCGGUGACCAAGACGGCGGUGACAAAGAUAGAAAGCGACGAAGAGGUGGAGGAGGAAGACUGGUCAGACCUCAGCGAACUGCAGGAGAUCGACCCCAAAAAGCUCCAGAGCUUCAAAGACCAGAACGGAAACGUGGAUAAGAGGAACUACGGAAAAGAGAACAAAGUCACUGACCUGGCCAGAAAAGUGGAGAAGCAGUUUACAGAGAGAUCAGUAAAGAAACCAGCAGGGGGCGUGAGCGUCCUACCUCAGAGGAAGGAUGAGGUUCAGGAACUUUCUUACACAGAUCUAGAGGAGAGCAGCGAGUGGGUGGUCUCGUCUUUAGAGGACAGACAGGAAGCGGCUAAACCGGCGUCUCUCCACGGUUCUGGUCAGCUGAGGAAAAGCCUGGACUCGGCCAGCACCAGCGUCUGGGGAACCUCCACAGGACGAGGUCCCAAAUCAGGUCUGACUGAAGCCGGGACAGGAAGCACCCUGAAGAGCAGCCUGUGCUCCCUCAGCGACAUCAGCGACUCUGAGGACGUCAGCAAUAAACACAGCAAACGCUACAGCUGAUCAGGUGACGCAGCACAGACACAAAGACCUCAGUCGACUCUGACGCCUGUAGUCAAAGCCAAAUAUUUUGUACUUGUACGUAAUGUCUGAAAGUUAUAAUAGAGAGAAAAGCAAUACUUACUAAAAAAAAAGGGAAUUUGUGAUAGUAAAAAGAAAAGAUAGAAAAACGACCAUCUAAUAAUAACGUUAGAGAUAAACGAGGCUCAUUUUACGCCCUGUGCCAAUUCUUUUCUUGCCUUAGACAUACUCAGUAUUCAUCUUUAGACUGUGUUUCGUAUCCUCAUACAGUGUAACUCCAGAUGAGAGGCUGUUUUCAGUACUGUAGUUUGUGUAACAUUUUGUACAUCAAAUUUUAUAAUGCCUUCAUGUGACAAAUGGUUGUGACUUUGUAUAGAAAAUAUUUAUACAAGCAAUAAAAGAUUUCUCUGGGGAAACUUA